UCUCACUUGCACUCUCAGUCUCAUGUCCUAUAUCUCUUUAACACCACUAAAAUAUCCACUUCUCUCUGCAUUCCCCUGUUCCUACAUUUUCAUGCUAUACUAACCAUUUCUUUUCUUGUUUUUUUUAAGCUAGAAGUUUUUGAAGUACUUCUUGCUUAAGUUGGUACCAUGCAAAUUGUUUGCAUUGACAUGUAAUAUAUUCUAGUUAAAUGGCUCGAGAAAAAAUUUUGUGGCUGAUUUUACAUGCUUGGAUUUUACUCGUUUUGAGUUUAGGAGUUAGCUGCGAUGGUUCAGAGGUUGCUUUGAAGCUAUUGAGUACACCUCGUGCAUUCUCAAACAGGGAUUUUGCUAAAUUUGGUUUCCAAGUUUUGGUUGGUGGCAAUGGUGAUAUUUGUUCGAAUUGCUCCACUUAUUGCAAGUUGGAUGAUUCCGUGCCUGCAGUUUGUGAAGGUGGAGAGAUUAUUUACACGCGGUUGCUUGAUGGAAAUCAUACUUUUGAAGUUUGCACCAAUGGAUCUCUUGGAGUUGGAUGUGCACAUUAUAACUGGACUGUUGACACUAUACCCCCUACAGCCUACAUUACCACACCAACAUCUUUUACAAAUGCUUCCAAUGUUUCAGUGGACAUCACUUUCACCGAGCCAUGUUGGAGCCAAGGUGGUUUUGGGUGCUCUUCCACGAAUUCCUGCAAUCUUCUCGUUUAUGGAGCUGGACAGGUCGUGCCAAACACGCUCAGCGUUAUUGAGCCGGACCUUAAAUUUUCUGUUGUCGUGAGUCUGUCUACACGUGAUCAGUAUGGAAGAGUGAUCUUGGUAAUGGAUAAAAACUUUUGUUCAGACCCUGCUGGAAACAGAUUUAGAAGGACAGAAAAUUCAAGCUUAUUUAUUCAUUUUGAUAGAAGGAAAGUGUUUGUUGAUAUAAGGACACAUAUACCUGAAAGGCUCCUUCAAAUAGAUAGUGCAACGAGAACCGUGCUAGCAACAAAUAGUACUGAGAACAUGGAGAUGUAUUUGUACUUUACAGAACCUAUCUCCAACUCAUCUACAGAAAUUUUGAAUUCCCUGAGCUUAAGUCAGGGAUCGCUUACUCCCAUUAGUGGAAAUAGCUUUGGACAGCGAAGAUUUGGAUUUCAGGUUAGAGGUAUAUCACAAACCGCCAUAGUGACAUUCAGCAUAAGAUCAGACUUAAUAUUGAGCAGACAGGGAACAUCCAUUUCUCCAGUAGCUCCUGUUACUUUUCUAUAUGAUAUGCAACGGCCAGCUGUCAGGUUGAGCACAACAUCUAGGAAGAGGACCUGUGAAGAGCAAAUUCCUGUACUGAUAAAGUUCGUUAAGCCAGUGUUUGGCUUUAAUUCUUCUCAUGUAUCUGUCUCUGGAGGACAGUUGCAAAGCUUUCAAGAAAUUAGUAGACGCAUGUAUACUGUCAACAUACAAGCCAGAGAUGAUUUUGUUUCUGUGAGCAUCCCUGAAAAUGUAACUGGUGAUGUUGCUAGAAAUAGGAACCUACAAUCUAAUCUUCUCCGGCUCAGGCACUAUACUGUACCAGCAAUAUCUGAAGUGCUUUCCAUCUUUGCAACUGCUGCUUUCGUGGUUACCGCUUUUGCGGCGGGGCUCCUCACUGUUUCAACUGCGAGCCUCCAAUCUGUUGGUGCAUACUCAAGACCAAGCUCUUUAAUGACAUCUGAUCCUGCUAGAAAUCUUUUUAGAAUAGCUUGUCACAUCCAGUUUUUUGCAUUGACGAGAUGGUUGCCAGUUACCCUGCCAGUUGAAUAUUAUGAAUUUGCUAGAGGCCUGCAAUGGAGUGUUCCCUACUUCAGGCUCCCAUGGGAAGCUGGAAGCAUGCAUCAAUUCAUGAUGGGACCGGGUUCCCCAACAGACCCUCAUUCAUACGGGUCUAAAAUUCAUGAUUUUGGAACGAAACCAAUCAAAUACGAUGUGAACAAAGCUGCAGCAUUGUAUGGGUUGCCACUUAGUCCUAUGGAAUAUAGAUCAAUCUUCGGGAGCCGGGAUCUUCUUCCGGAAGCUCAGUAUAUCGUGGAUCCAGAAUAUUCUAAUGGGUGGAGAGAUUUCGACAGAGGCAUGUUCUGGUUAGCCGUUAUUGGGGGAAGCUUGAUAUUGUUGCAUGCUUUGGUCCUUUUUGUUUUAAAACUGAGAAAGGACAGAGAAAAAAAGUGGAGCUAUGGAGCCUUGGUUUUCCCAAGAUUUGAGAUCUUUCUUGUAAUUCUGGCUAUACCUUGCAUUUGCAAGGCCUCAGUAAAUAUAGUUAAAGGAGGAACCUCUGCAGGAAUUGCUGUUGGAAUUCUGCUGUUGGGUUUAGUAUCAUUUCUAUUGUUAGCCUUGUUCUUGUUCCUCUCUAUUGGAAUUACAUGUGGGAAGCUACUUCAGUAUAAGGAGGUACACCAAGUGGGGCAGAAAUUCCAUUGGUAUGAAGAAUUAGUCCGAGUUACCUUAGGCCCUGGUAAAAGAGGUCAGUGGACAUGGAAAAAAUCGCGCGAUCCUACAUAUCUAGUCAUGUUUGGCCCUUUGUUUGAGGAUCUAAGGGGUCCACCAAAGUACAUGCUCUCUCAGAUUACAGGAGGAAAUCCUAACAAGUAUCGUGAAAAAGUCAUCGCAACAGACGAUGAGACGGAAGAUGCAGAAGCGCCUUUCAUCCAGAAGUUGUUUGGAAUUCUAAGAAUAUACUUCACAUUUCUUGAAUUUGUGAAGCGUGUUUGUCUUGGAAUCGUGGCUGGUACUUAUUUGAAGAACUGGUCCUCAAAAUCUCCCAUAGUUCUCCUACUUAGUAUCACUUCUUUCCAGCUAUUCUUUAUGGUUCUGAAGAAGCCUUUCAUUAAAAAAAAGGUUCAGCUUGUUGAGAUCAUCUCAGUCGCCUGCGAAACAGGUAUUUUUGCCGCUUGCAUUGUGCUCAUAGGAAGAGAUUCAGAGACAAACGAGACACAAAUCGGAAUCAUCAUGCUUGUACUUUUCUUCAUAGCAUUUUCAGCCCAGAUGGUAAAUGAGUGGUAUGCAUUAUACAGACAGACAAAGCGACUCGGUGCUGAUGACAAGUCUUUCUGCUCUGGUCUGAAAGCAGCAUCAAUUGGAUUCCUCUUGUUUUUCAUUCCUCAAAGAUUUCUCAGAAAGCUUGAAAGCGGGUCUGCACUGUUAGAUCGGGUACUGAAGGAAACCGGGGAUGUUACUUCAUCUGCAGACAGGACUAGGAGUUCGGGUAGUAGAAGCUCAGGUACCGACAAACCUUGGCAGAGAUUCAGAGAACUAGCAAAGUCCAGCUUUAGUAAAGAUAGUAAUGCAACUCCAAGUGAUCCAUCAACAAGUCGCGUUGGAUGGAGCGGAUUCUGGAAUCCUAAGAGAAGUGGGAGCUCAUCUAAAGAUUCAUCGGCAGACUUCAAGUCAAAACCAAGAGGAUUGUACAAAGAUUUAGAAGCUAUUUUUGCUUCCAAGUCAUAGACAUCUUAUUCGUGCAUACUAUAGUCUGGCUUUACUGGAUAAUCGACUACAGAGGUAUAUGUGAAGCGGGUUCCAUGGAUUCAACUGAACCCUUUGCUUUCAGUUCGAACUAUGUAAUUUGUAUGCAAAGAAGAAAACAAAAAUGUAUCCAUAUAGUAAUAAGAUUACAGUUACAUUGAACUCACUCACUGCCUCGACUGGUAUCUAAGCUAAUGUUUUCAGAUUGUAAGGAUACGGUUUGUUGGACUAAUAAUCCACUGUAGAAAUGUAUAGCUCGAGUAUAAACACAUGUUGUCACUGUCAUUGAAUAUUUCUAUGUUAAUACUCCCUCCAUUCCAAAUUA